GAUAGUUAGAUUGGCUACUGAAACUACAGCACAGGAAGAGUGGAUGCUGUAGUGUAGAUCACGGUUAAGGGGAAGAUUUUCAACUCUUUUCGUUUUUAGGAAUUAUAUCACCUUAACCCGGGAUUUACAAAUUUACAACGGUUGCAACGCGUGGAAAGGUUAAAAAAUAAGCGCAAUAAUGAAAUCAGCUGCGAUCUUUUUGCUACUGAUGCUUUGUAACUGCGAGAGCGCGAGAUUCGCAGAAAGUAGAGAUGACAACAGCGUUUACGACCUGUUCGAGCUCAUCCAGGUGCCGAGGAAAAAUCACGGGGUCACUCUAGUAAAAGGCGACGACCCGUACAGUCCCGCCUACAAGAUCAUGAACCCCGACCUGAUUCCCCCGGUUCCCGAGAGCGCUUUCAGGGACCUGAUCGACUCCAUUCACGCGGACAGAGGAUUUCUGUUCCUGGCCAAUUUCAAGCAGUUUAAGAAGACGAGGGGAAGCAUCCUGAGCGUAGAGAAAAAGGACGGGUCCGGAGCCGUGUUCGAGAUCAUUUCCAACGGGAAGGCGAACACCCUGGACAUAGUUUUUUCCACCGAGAAUAAACAACAGGUCGUGUCCAUCGAUGAAGCGGAUUUGGCGGUGGGACAUUGGAAGAACAUCACGCUUUUCGUGCAGGAGGACAGGGUUCAAUUUUAUGUGGGAUGCGAGGAGGUGAAUACGGCGGAGCUUGAUGCCUCUAUCCAAAACAUUCUCACCCAGGAGACCCCAGGUGUGGCGAACUUGAGGCUCGGAAAGGGCGCAGUGAAGGACAAGUUCAUGGGCGUGCUGCAAAACGUGCGCUUUGUCUUCGGGACCACACUGGAGGCUAUACUGAGGAAUAAAGGAUGCCAACGCGCAACAAUGUCUAAUUUUAUCAACCUUGAAAAUACCAUAAAUGGAUCCAGACCUGCAAUCAGAACUGAUUACACUGGACACAAAACAAAAGACCUUCAGAUGAUCUGUGGCUUUUCUUGUGAAGAUAUGGCCAGCAUGUUCAAGGAACUCAAAGGUCUUGGUGUGGUGGUGCAAGAGCUAUCCAAUGAACUCCGCAAAGUAACAGAUGAGAAUAACAUGCUUAUGAAUCACAUGGGUGUCCAUAGCGGUGUCUGUCUUCACAACGGAAUAAUGCACAAAAACAAGGACGAAUGGACUGUAGAUGACUGCACAGAGUGCACUUGCCAGAACUCUGCAACAUUGUGCCGCAAGAUUUCGUGUCCCAUUAUACCAUGUGCGAACGCCACAGUGCCUGAUGGGGAGUGCUGCCCUCGCUGUGGAACCCCAAGUGACUCUGCUGAGGACGGCUGGUCCCCCUGGUCUGAAUGGACCCAUUGUUCCGUGUCCUGUGGAAGGGGCAUUCAGCAGCGCGGGCGCUCCUGCGACCGCAUCAAUAACAACUGCGAAGGCACAUCGGUGCAGACAAGAGACUGCUACCUUCAGGAGUGCGACAAGCGAUUCAAGCAAGAUGGCAGCUGGAGUCACUGGUCACCUUGGUCCUCUUGUUCUGUUACCUGUGGUGUCGGUGUCAUCACCCGCAUUCGUCUCUGUAACUCUCCAACUCCGCAGAUGGAGGGCAAAGACUGCCAAGGUGAAGGCCGACAGACCGAGAGGUGUGAGAAAUCACCCUGUCCAAUCAAUGGUGGCUGGGGACCAUGGUCUCCUUGGGACACUUGCUCCACUACCUGUGGGGGUGGCUUUCAAAGCCGUAAGCGCCUUUGCAAUAAUCCAGUACCUAAGUAUGGUGGUAAAGAGUGUGUCGGAGAUGUAAAGGCCUCACAGCAAUGCAACAAACAAGCCUGCCCAAUUGAUGGAUGUCUUUCGAAUCCAUGCUUUGCUGGGGCCCAAUGCACAAGCUUCCCAGAUGGAUCCUGGAAAUGUGGAAAAUGUCCCACUGGUUACACGGGCAAUGGAAUUGACUGCAAAGACAUCAAUGAGUGUGAGGAAGUCCCCGAUGCUUGCUUUGAAUUCAAUGGAGUCCACAGGUGUGAGAACACAGUGCCCGGCUACAACUGCCUGCCAUGCCCCACACGCUACACCGGCCCACAGCCGUUUGGAAAAGGGGUUGAGGACGCCGCUUCUAAGAAACAGGUGUGCACGCCGCGUAAUCCAUGCCUCGAUGGCAGCCAUGACUGCAACAAGAACGCUCGCUGCAACUACCUGGGCCAUUUUGCCGAUCCCAUGUACCGCUGCGAGUGCAGGCCCGGCUUUGCUGGAAACGGACACAUCUGUGGAGAGGACACGGAUCUUGACGGCUGGCCUAAUUCUGAUCUUGUGUGUGUGGAGAAUGCAACCUAUCAAUGCAAGAAGGAUAACUGUCCCAAUCUUCCAAACUCUGGCCAAGAAGACUACGACAAGGAUGGAGUCGGCGACGCAUGCGAUAAUGACGAUGAUGACGAUGGCAUUACUGAUGAUCGGGACAACUGCCCACUCGUGUUCAACCCAAGACAGUACGACUACGACCGUGAUGAUGUGGGAGACCGCUGCGAUAACUGUCCCUACAACAGCAACCCGGACCAGACCGACACAGAUAACAAUGGUGAAGGGGAUGCCUGUGCCAUUGACAUUGAUGGAGAUGGUAUUUUGAAUGAGAACGACAACUGCCCGUAUCUGUACAAUGUAGACCAGAAAGACACAGAUCUAGAUGGAGUGGGUGACCAGUGUGACAACUGCCCUCUGGAGCACAACCCAGACCAGCUUGACUCUGACUCUGAUCGUGUUGGAGACAAAUGUGACAGCAACCAGGAUAUCGAUGAGGACGGCCACCAAAACAACCUAGACAACUGUCCAUACAUUGCCAACGCAAACCAGGCCGAUCAUGACAAGGAUGGCAAAGGAGACGCCUGUGACUACGAUGAUGAUAACGACGGCAUCCCUGAUGAAAAAGAUAACUGCAGAUUGGUUCCCAAUCCAGAUCAAGUGGAUUCUGAUGGCGAUGGACGUGGAGAUGCUUGUAAAGAUGAUUUUGAUGACGACAAAGUUCCAGAUAUCUAUGAUGUGUGCCCAGAGAACGUUGACAUAAGUGAGACAGACUUCCGCAAGUUUCAGAUGGUACCACUGGAUCCCAAGGGCACUUCACAGAUCGAUCCCAACUGGGUUGUUCGACACCAGGGCAAGGAACUUGUUCAGACAGUUAACUGUGACCCAGGCAUUGCUGUCGGUUUUGAUGAGUUCAACGCUGUGGACUUUAGCGGGACUUUCUUCAUUAACACGGACAGAGACGACGACUACGCCGGAUUUGUUUUCGGUUACCAGUCCAGCUCUCGCUUCUACGUGGUUAUGUGGAAGCAGAUCACACAGACUUAUUGGUCCCACACACCAACCAAAGCACAGGGUUAUUCAGGGCUGUCAAUCAAAGUGGUUAACUCCACCACCGGGCCUGGUGAGCAUUUGAGGAACGCUCUCUGGCACACCGGAGAUACUCCAGGACAGGUGCGCACAUUGUGGCAUGACCCAAAGAACGUUGGAUGGAAGGACUUCACUGCUUACAGAUGGCACUUGACCCACAGACCAAGAACUGGACACAUAAGAGUGGUCAUGUAUGAAGGCAAAAAAAUCAUGGCAGAUUCCGGUAGAAUUUACGACAAGACAUAUGCAGGUGGAAGACUGGGUCUCUUUGUUUUCUCACAAGAGAUGGUUUACUUUUCAGACCUCAAAUAUGAAUGCAGAGAUAUGUAAUUGCACAGGCAGGAAGUUUAUCAAAGAAUGCACCUUUCUGUUCAAAUAUUUAAGUCCGGGGACGGAUUUGAUGUUACUUUUCCUGCUGUUGCUCACACACUGGUGGAGUGAGAAAGCAGGCGGUCAAUUUUAAUGUAAUCGUCGCUGGUUGAGAUAGACACCAACUAGCUACCAAUGCAGAAUCUGGACUCCUCCACCAUUAGCAGGUAGAGCAGAAAAACAAACCAGUCUUCCUUGCUUUGCUUAAAUGGGAAGACAAGUAUCUCUCUCUUAAAAACCUCAAUCAGCUCUGUAUGGGAAGAGCUCCCAUGGCAGACAGCUAUGCACUUCAAACAUUCACUCUCUCUCUUACACAAAAACAAAACAAAAUAUGUUAUCCCCUCCGUUUCUGAAAAAAAAAUAGUUUUUUAAAAUUAUUAAUAGGAUUCGUAUAUAUUAAUGUCUAUCUAAAAUUUUGCUUAGCUAAGUCUCUUAAGUUUCAUAUUCGUUCAUAAAGGAUUGGUGGGAGACAUCUGAUGGUUUAGCGAGCAUAGUUUUCUCAGGGCUAGAUGGUUAAACCAUUUUAACAAUUCAUUAGAAAUGGCAUAAUGAAAGGUUUCACUCGCGUGAAACGAAAUUGGAUUUAGGUUUGAAGAUUCUCCAAAGUGAUGAAUGUUCCACAACUAUCUCUAUAACAGGACAUGACUCACCACAUAUGGACACUAGAUUACCAAGUAAUCUAAUGUGCUUCUCAAAUAUAAUUUGAGGCAAGUGUUAUUCAAGAGGUUAAGGGAAAGCUGAGCUUCUGUAUAGUUGUAUGUAGCACUUAGAAAUGCUUAUCAUUUGGCCGGACUGCCAAAUCUUGCUUCUAGAAGCUUACGAGGGGGCUGUCUGUCUCUCACAAUAUAAUAAUAUAUUUAUUGCACCAUAUUGAAAAAUAACUUUACUAUUAAAACAAAACUUCACAUUCAAGUUUGUGAGGUGCCAAGUUUCAUCAAUGCCUUUUUAAAUCAAGAACCAUUCGUACAUCACUUGUAAGGAGAUGGUCUUCUGAAUAGUGUGUUUGACUGCCUUUCUGAAGAGAGAAAGAGAGAGAGAAAGGAUAAUUUUGAUGUACAAAUAUUACCUCAUUUCUGUUUUGUAAUUUGAUCGAGCAAAAGGUUUUUAUAAAUGACUUUUUCCUUUGCUUAAAGAAAACAAAUUUUGCCUUAUUGCUACUGUAGCACGUUGUAAAUAGUAUUCAUUAUUGAAGAAACGCCCUGCCCAACACACCAAUGGAAAAUAAAGUAAAGCGGAAGACAACUUUUUUUUAGGAAUACAACUUUUAUAUUCCUUCAAAUGUCCAGUACUUUUUGUAAGAUUAUAAAUUAUUGCUCUGUUUGUUGUCUCUGUUUGUAAGACUGUUUCAUAUGUGUGUGUGUGUGUGUGUGUGUGUUUGUGUGUAGAUAAAUGCUAUUUAAAUAAUUUAUCGUGGAGUGCAGCCUAAGAGGGAAGCAUUUCCGUCUGUAUAAACAGUUUGCACACUGAGUUGAAGAUGUUUUGUUCUUCAUUGUUUUUAUCUUUAUUGUGUUGUUAUUUUUGUAUAAUUAGUAAUGCUUGACUGUAAACAUUUUUACUUAGUUUUUACUUGCGAAAUGCUAUUUUUAUGUAUGGCAAUUAUUUUGGUACAUAUUUCAGAAUAAUAAACAGAUGGUAGACAUUGUUAAAACA